GCAAUACAAAAUGGCAGAAGCAAGUUGGAUUGUUUUCUUUUGCAUCAGUUUGAAUUGAAAAUGGGAUGAAUAAAUAUUAUGAACAAUUCUGAAUCUAUUUGAUCUAAUUGUCUCAUUUCAUGAAUUCCAUCAUCCAAGCAAAUGAUGCAUCAUUUGAGAAAUACACGACCCCUCCCUCUGUCAAUUCAAAUUGAUGCAAAAAACGAAACAAAUCACGGCGCAAUUGUUGCAUCUCUACAUAUUGUGCGUUGUUCAAACGAGACAAUUUGAUCCGAUUACUUCAUUCCGCCGAGACAAUCGGACCAGCGCGGCCUCAUCGAAACCACCCUAAAUACAACAUUGAUUACUGCGUUGAUUCAUAUCUCAUCCUCUCAGGAUGAUCAUGACUUACGACAACAAUGAGUACAUACAGUAAUUAAUUAAACCAGUUAGCAGUAAUAUGAUCAAGAGAGAGGCAUUAUUUUUGCUAAUAGUGGUGGGGAUCGGGGCCUUUUCUUUAUAGAAGAUCUAGCAGGGUGUUCCAUGGUUCCUGGCAUACGAUCCAUUUUUGCCCGAGGAAAACAAACAAACAAAGCUGGCGCUAGCUAGAAUGUGUGUGCUUUCCAAACUUAUAACUAAAAAAUGGAAGGGCCAGACCUAAAUUAAUAUGGUCACUCAUUUCAUAUGAUGCCUUUCAGCCUUGUCUCCCACCAUUAAUGAUCCAUCUUUGUACAUGCAUGCAUGCACCAGGGUAUGGAAAAGCCCUAUCCUAUUCUAUGAUUGAGCAAAUAUGGGACCUGCCUCGGUUAAAGAUUGAUUACGUACCAUUUCAUAACUAGAUCUGUAUCUUUAGAUUUGUCACUGUGCAUGUGUACAGAGACUUCUUUGAUCACGGUGAUAAUAAUAAUAAUACACCUGUGAUUGAUUCAGCUGUAUCCUGACCUGAUCAAGAGUAGUUCAACCUGGGCUCCUUGAUGAAGGGUACGGUAGAAGCUAAUUGUCCGCUUGGUUUUUUUUUUUUCCGGUUCUUAGCUUUUGAUUUUAAACCGUUUACCAUUUUACUGGUUUUUGUUUCGAUUAGCAAUGAAAAACCGAUAAGAAAUUGUUAACAUCCUAACUAAGUAACACCCAUCAACAAGAAGUGUUGUCACCAAAUUAUGGGUACUAGACUUCUUCUCUAUCUUCAUGUUUUUUUUGUUGUCUCUUUUUAACUCCAUUAAUUAAUCGACUUCCCAAACUAAGGAUUGGGGUUUUUGUUUAUCCAAACCAAACCAAAAAUCGCCAAGAGUUUUAUCAGUUUUCGGUUAUGCAAUAACCAAUAAAAAUCUAUACACGGUUUUGAUUUUGAUUUUUGGGAAUUUAUCUAUUUUGGGUUUUUACUUUUAGUUUUGCUUACUUUAUGGUUUGGUUAACCAAACCAAAAAGUUACUUAUCGGUUUACGGUGAAGUAACUAAUAGUCCUUGGGCUUGAGCCCAAUUCAUACUGAAUAACCCGUCUACAAAAGUGUAGGGCCGUUCGGAGAUAGCCCACCGCGCUGCAACACAAUUCUUGGGCCCCUUGACCAAAAACUAAUGAAACUGAAAAGGCGGAAAAAAGGGGGAAAAUUGAUAAGAAAAGCGUCUACUCCUUUUUCCCAGAAAUUGGCAUUCAUAUCAUGUACCCGAAGCUCGCUCCCUCCAAUUGUCAUCUCCUCUGAAGUUAGGGUUCGUGGUUCAGUUUUGAUCUCUCUCUCUCGAAGAAAGCUCGAUUUCUUCCCUCUCGAAUCUCCCCCCGUGGAGUGCAAAUUUCUGGCUUCUUGUAUCAGGUGGGAAGGAAAACAAUGUCCGACGGCUACUGGAACCGGCAGCAACAACCUUCUCUUCUCCCCGCCGGCGGCAUGCUGAAGCGGCCUCGCACUGAGUACGACAUGCAGAAUUCUGGAGUUCCUGCAGGCUACGAUAUGAAUAGUUACUAUGGAACUGCAAGAGAUGGUGGGACCGGGUAUCAGCCUGUGAAAGACACAAAGACGAUUGUAUCGGCAUAUGAACGCUAUCUUCAAAAUCAAGGUCUUCCUACUGCUGCUAGAGAAGCCAAUGCAUUUGGUGGAGGUGGCGGAAUGUCAAGUCUCCCAAUGGUAGAUUCUGCUGUAAUGGACCGUCCUAGAGCAACAGCUCCAGAUAUGACAACCAAUGGUUAUGGUGGUCCGCCAUCAGGAGGAGCAAGUUCAUUACCGCGACCUGGUCGUGAUACAGUACCACUUCCUCCCGAUGCUUCAAACACUCUCUAUGUGGAAGGACUUCCUCCAGAUUGUACAAGGAGAGAAGUAGCUCACAUCUUUCGCCCUUUUGUGGGAUACAAAGACCUGAGACUGGUUAGCAAGGAAUCUAAACAUCGUGGAGACCCGAUCAUUCUUUGCUUUGUUGAUUUUAUGGAUCCUGCAUGUGCUGCUACUGCAAUGAGUGCUUUGCAAGGAUACAAGAUGGAUGAGCAUGACCUGGAGUCGAACUACUUGAGGCUGCAGUUUUCUCGCUAUCCUGGUCCCAGGUCUGGCGUGCCAGGUCGUGGAAAGAGGUGAAUGGGUUCUCCCUCCGAAGCCCUACCUUCGAAAGGCACUCAUUUGUUCUAGCAAACCUGCUGCUCGCAGCCCAUCCCUUGAAGAGUGCACUUGUAGCAAGAAGCUAUCUGUUUCCCGACCUUGAAAGGCAGCCAUCAUUCGCGUAGGGCUCUAUUUGCUUAAUGUGUUAUCUUUUUGUCACGCUAAUUUUUAACAUUAUAUUAUGUUGUAGCGCAUUAGGGUCAACUUAGCCAGAAAGUGAGGUGUUUACUGUUGAAAAAAUACCCAUUUUCUUG